AGCUCUUACGGGUAAAAUUCAGGUACCCACCCGUCACCACUACGGCACUACCCCUUCAGCCCCAGAUUUCUCCAAGCCUCCGGGACGAGGCGCAUCCGUCCAUGGGGGCCAAGGCGGCACACCGGCGUGGGGUGCUGGACCUGGAGGCGCAGUUCGCCUUCUUCCGGUCGCAGCACCGGCACCCCGUGAACGCGGCGGCGCACGUGCUGCUCACCUGGCCCAUCCUCUUCACCAACCUCUUGAUCCUCCACUUCCUGCCGCUGCCGCUGCCCGUCUCCCCCGCGCUGGCCCUCGCGCUCGCAUACGCCGCCGCCUACCUCGCUGUCGACCGCAGAGCCGGCGCAGUCGCGGGGCUGCUCUUCCUCGCCGCAUGGGCCGCCAGCCGCGCCCUCGCGGCCCGCCUCGGCUUCGCUCUCUCCUGGAAGCUUGUCCUCGUCACGCAGCUCUUCUGCUGGACCUGGCAGUUCCUCGGCCACGGCCUCUUCGAGAAGAAGGGGCCGAGUGUUAGUGAUCUUCCUGAGGUGUUCUUGAUGGAGCCGUUCCUCAUCUUCCUGCAGGUAACCACAGGCACAGCUGACAAACAUAUACUGAACAAACUGUUCGGCUAUGAGCCGUAUCCUGGGUUCUGCAAGAACGUGGACAGGAAGAUCGAAGCCGAUCUCAGGGCGAGCGAGAGCUCAAGCAGAGGAAGGACAACCUGAUUGAUUGGGAAUUCGGGAGUGAUCCUCCGGAGCGGUGCGCGAAAUUGUACCAUCUAUACAUGUAGCAUAUUGCCUGCCAUUUGUGUUGUUUUAUUCAGGUAUAUGAUAUCUGCGCACCAUUAUAUAGUGUAGUAAACAUCAGUCAUGUGUGUUGAAGUCAGCUUGAAUCCCGGGAGGAAGGUAGAGAGCGGUAAUAAUCUCCUCGUUUAGAGCAACUCCAAUAGUUAUGUAAAUUUUAGCUCUCUAAAUCACAGAUUUAAGAAGUUGUUAAAC